GCUAUUUGGACGUGGACGUGAGCGACUCCCUCUCUGAUCCAGGGAACGAGGAGGCCAAGGGCUUCAGGGAUCCCAAUACUGACCAGAGGGUCACCUACACAGAACUGAUGAGAAGAUGUGUUGCAGACCCAGCCAGAGGCCUGCUCUUGCUGCCUCUCAAGAUCUCUUUCCCUGGACUGAGAGGGGCUGUGUGUAGCCGGGAGCUGAUGGAUUCUGGAGUCAUUGACUCCACCACAUUUGAAGCCCUCCAGAAGGGGGAGAUGACAGUGCAGGAAGUGGCAGAGAUGGACUCAGUGCAACAGUCCACGUCGGAGAUCACCAGCAUUGCUGGAGUAGCCAUCCUGCCAACGAAUGAACGCAAGAGCCUUUACCAAGCAUUAGUAGAGCACCUCCUCCCUCCUGGCACAGCUGAAAUUCUGUUGCAGGCUCAGGUGGCCUCGGGCUAUUUAAUCGACCCUGUAAAGAACACAAAAUUAACUGUGGCUGAGGCCAUCCAGGCAGGAAUUGUUGGGCCGGAGCUGUUUGGGAAAUUGACUUCAGCUGAGAGAGCAGUCACAGGAUACAAAGACCCCUACACAGGGGAGACCAUCUCUUUGUUUCAAGCCAUGCAGAAACACCUGGUGCCCAGGAACCCAGGACUUUUCCUGCUAGAUGCCCAGCUCGCCACGGGAGGCAUCAUUGAUCCACACGCCUAUCACCGACUUCCGACAGAGAUGGCCCUGCAGAGGGGCCACUUGGAUGAAGAGACGUACAAGCUGCUGUGCAACCCUACGGACGAGGCCCGUGGAUUCUUUGAGCCCAACUCAAAGGAGAAGUUGUCCUAUGGGGAGCUGCUCUUGCGGGGCGUCUCUGAUCCAGAUACCGGGCUCUGUCUCUUGCCUCUUGCCGACUCCCGGGUCACCUUUGAAGGCCUGAGGGAAAAGGUGACACCUGCCCAGCUCCUGAGCUCUGAAAUCAUCAACAGAGACUUAUUUGAGAAGUUAACGCAGGGAGAGACCCUGGUCAAAGACGUGAUUAACAUGGCCACAGUGAAGAAGUACUUGGAAGGGACUGGCAGCAUUGGUGGGCUGCUCCUGCCUGACUCCCAGGAGAGAAUGAGCAUCUAUGAAGCCAAGAGGAAGGGCUUCCUCCGCCCAGGGACGGCACUUAUCCUCUUGGAGGCUCAGGCGGCCACAGGACACAUCAUUGACCCCGUGGCGAAUGAGAGAUAUUCUGUGGAUGAGGCCUUGCGUGGCAACAUCAUAGGUCCAGAUGUGUAUAGCAAGUUGCUGGCGGCUGAGAAAGCAGUGACUGGCUAUAAGGAUCCUUAUACUGGGAGCAAGAUCUCCCUUUUCCAGGCAAUGAAAAAAGACCUCAUCGUGACAGAACAUGCCAUUCGCCUUCUGGAGGCCCAGAUCGCCACUGGAGGCAUCAUUGAUCCUGUCAAUAGCCACCGCCUCCCAGUGGAAGUGGCCUACAAACGGGGCUAUUUUGAGAAGAAAAUGAGCCUGAUCCUGUCAGAUCCCAGGGAUGACACCAAAGGCUUCUUUGAUCCAAACACCCAUGAGAACCUAACUUACCUACAGUUAAAGGAGAAGUGCAUUGUGGAACUCACCACAGGCCUCUGCCUCCUGCCACUCAACAGCAGGAAGUUCACUUUCAAAGGCCUAAGGAAGAAGGUGUCAGCCAGCGACCUCUUCCAGUCCCAGCUCAUAGACAAGAUGACCCUGGACGAACUCCAGCAGGGGAAGACAACUGUCCAGGAAGUCAGUGAGAUGGAGUCCGUCAAGCGCUUUCUGGAGGGGUGCAACUUCAUUGCAGGGGUCCUCAUAGAACCAGAUCAUGAGAAAAUGAGCCUCUACCAAGCCAUGAGGCGAGGCCUGCUGAGACCAGGGGCAGCUCUGGUCUUGCUGGAGGCCCAGGCAGCCACAGGGUACCUCAUUGACCCAGUAAAGAACAAGAAGCUCUCCGUGGAUGAAGCAAUGGCAGCAGGGCUGAUUGGAAAAGAAAUUUAUGAGAAGCUGCUGAGUGCAGAAAAAGCCGUCACUGGAUACACAGAUCCCUACACCAAAGGGCAGAUCUCUCUCUUUGAGGCCAUGAAUCAGGAGCUGAUUGUGAGGAGCCAUGGCAUCCGCCUGAUGGAGGCACAGAUUGCCACGGGGGGCAUCAUCGACCCUGUGCACAGCCACCGCAUCCCCGUGGAGGUUGCCUAUAAGCGAGGCUACUUUGAUGAAGACCUGAACCGCAUCCUUCUGGACCCCACAGAUGAUACCAAAGGCUUUUUCGACCCCAAUACACAUGAGAACCUCACUUAUCUUCAGCUUCUGGAACGCUGCACCCAAGAUUCAGAAACUGGGCUGUACAUGCUGCAGGUUGUCAGAAAAGGGGAAAGCUAUUUCUACAUUGACGAGGCAACAAAAGAAUUUUUGAAAGCACAGACUAUGCACGUACAGGUAGGCCGGUAUAAAGGCCAGGCAGUCUCUCUGUGGGGCCUCCUCUGCUCCCCAUAUAUCCAUGAACAGAAGAGGAAAGAUCUGGUCAGGCAGUAUAAGGAUGAGAAGGUCACUUUGCCACAGCUCUGCAAAACCAUCACCGCCAUUGUGGAGGAAACAGAACAGGCAGCCCAGAAGCUCAAGCUGAAGGGGCUGAGGGGGCAAGAGGUGUCUGCCGCAGAGCUCUUCAAUGCAGAAAUCAUUGACAAGGCAACUUUGGACAGACUGCACCAGAAGACCCUUCCUCUGCAGCAGCUUGCCCAGAGGGACGCCGUGAAGCGCUACCUGGAGGGGACAGGCUGCAUUGCAGGUGUCUUGGUAGCCGGACAGGGGUUGAAGCUGCUUGCCUAUGAGGCCAUGAAGAGAGGCUUUCUCUCCCCAGAACAUACUCUGCUACUCCUAGAGGCCCAGGCUGCCACAGGCCUCCUCACCGAUCUGCUGGAGAAGAAGCCCUCCUCAGUUGACCAGGCCAUCUCUCUUGGGCUGGUUGGGGAAGAGUUUCACAAGGCACUCCUCCUUGCUGAGAAAGCCAUUACUGGAUAUACUGACCCCUCCACAGGGGACAAGCUCUCCCUUUUCCAAGCCAUGAAAAGGAACCUGGUAGAGAAAGCCUAUGCCCUCCGGCUGCUGGAGGCACAGGUGGCCACAGGUGGAAUCAUUGACCCUAUACACAGUCACCGCCUCCCUGUGGAGGUGGCUUGCAGACGGGGCUACUUGGAUGAAGAAACUUGCCUCCUACUAUCUGAUGAGGGGCUUCUUCCCAAAGGAUUUGUAGAUCCCAAUACCCAGGAAAGGAUUACCUACACUCAGCUCCUGCUCAGGUGCACCAAAGAUGCAAAGACAGGUGCAUACCUGCUGCCGUUACGAGAGAAGAGGGAAUAUAUCAUUGUGGAUGAACAAACUAAGCAGGUCCUCUCAUCUUGCAAAAUAAAAGUAGGCCUUGGGAAAUACAGGGGACAACCAAUUUCCCUUUGGGAACUUCUUUCUUCGGACUACGUUACGGAAGAGAAGAAGAAAGAAAUGAUAAAAAAGUAUAAGGAGGGGAACUGGACAGUUCUGCAGAGUAUCACAAGGCAAAUACGGAAGAUCAUAGAGGAAAGAGAAGACCACAGAAAAGACAUUUGGUUCCAAGGACUACGGAGGCAAGUCACAGCUUCUGAACUACUAAAGGCAGACAUCAUUAAUGAAGAAGUUAUGCACAAUUUGGAAGCAGGAACAGAGAAAGCACAAGAUGUAGCAAAGAGGGAUUCGGUGAAGAGGUACCUGGAAGGCAACAGCUGCAUUGCUGGCGUGCUGGUGCCCUCCAGGACAGACCCUUCCAAGUCAGAGAAGAUGACCAUCUACCAGGCCAUGCGGAAAGGCAUUCUGAGGCCAGGCACGGCCCUGGUGUUGCUGGAGGCACAGGCUGCCACGGGCUUUGUCAUGAACCCACUGAAAAAUGAGAGGCUCUCUGUAAGUCAGGCAGUUGAAGCUGGUGUAGUAGGGGAAGAAAUACAGAAAAAACUACUCUGUGCAGAGAAAGCCGUAACAGGUUACACGGAUCCAAACACAGGAAAAAGUAUUUCCCUCUUCCAAGCAAUGACAAAAGAAUUAAUCUUAAAAGAGCAUGGGAUCCGCCUUCUGGAAGCCCAGAUUGCCACGGGGGGCAUCAUCGAUCCUGUGCAC